GGACUGCAACUGCUCUUUCCGUUUUUUCAUCAUAAUUGGUUUAUUCAGAUGUUUCUUCCAUUUAGACCAAUCAUUUUUGACAUUAACAGAGAACAGGAGUAUGUCAAGAAUUCUGGGGGUAUACUUGGUGAAAAUGAAUUAAGACCACCCUCCCAGCUGCAUCCCCUCUUAGAGAAGACUGAGACAGGGUUCAUAUCAGAAAAGAUUUUUGAAACAGUAUCCUUGAGUUCAGACUCUCUCUUCCAGAGGACAGUUUCAAUUCUCCAUACUUCUUACUUGGACUCUGCAUCUGAGCAUGGUUUUCAGUACAGUGAAGUGACUUUGGUGAAAAAUGACAUUUUCUUAAAUGAGUACAAAGCUUUUUACCAAGAAAAAAAAGCAAGUAACUAUACUCACGAAGAACUUCAAGAAACUUACGGGUUUCUUCUGUUUGAAACUGAAAAUCAGGCGAAGUUGGUAUGUCAGCAUGGACUCUGUGUGGGCAGCAGUGCUAUCACCACUCUGGGAGACCCAGCGAAAGGUGUGUACAUUUCCAAAUACUCAGACUAUCUUCACGCAAGACCUUGGUAUCAUGGGAAGUCUGGUUAUGUUGUAAUUUUUAAUCUAAUUAAGGGAAAAGUCAAGUUUGUGUCUGAGAAUUAUACAGCUAACUAUACUAGCCCAUCUUCUGGCUAUGAUUGCCAUGUGGCUGCAAAUAUUAACAAGAUUUCUCACAAGACAAGUCAUUUUCGCACCUUUGAACUGAGUCAGUAUUACCUCUAUGAACUUUCAGGCAGCACUGUUACUGAGCGACCCAGACAGAUCUGUCCUUACCUGAUUGUAGCUUUUCAGUACAGGGAACCUAAAAAGAUGGCAGCACCAGCCCAUGAUCAUAAAAGCAUACUUGAACUCAAAGAAAAUGUUCUCAUCUCUCCAUGGAAAGGGAAAUUAAUUAUACAAGGCUGUCUGCUGUGCGAUAUAACUCUUUGGUCUUCCUAUGGUACAGUGGUUCCAAAACAGCUACCACAUGAACUAGAUUUUAAGUAUGUAAUGAAAGUGUCAUCUUUGAAAGAGAGACUACCAGAAGCUGCUUUUAAAAAACAGAAUUACAUGGAGCACAAAGGUGUGUUCAAAUGUCAUGUCUGUUGCCAAGACAUGUGCUUCAGUAUGUAUGAGGUGGAACUCUCAAACAAACAGGGGGAGAAAGUAGAUAAACUAAUAGAAUACAUUAAAAGGGAACAGUUGGCAAUCAUCAAAUGCUUAGAAGAUCGAGAAUUUUUCAUUUUACUUACGUCAUCAGCCUUAAUGUCUGAAACAGGUUUUAGAGAGGAGCAGACAGGCCUACACGGGUUGCAUUUAUUCCCCUCACCUCCAUCAGCAGCAGGUCUGACAGACUUGAAAGUUGAAGACGACAUCUCAUUGAAGGUGGUGCCUGUUUUGCCUGCCCUCAAUUGUGCCCUGCUAGAAGCAAAGAAAUCAUUUUCUGAAAAAGGAAUCUCUCUAAACACAUUAAUAAAGCAUAAUUUCCAAGACUUGUCCAAGGUGAACAAAAGCCCUCCAGUGACUGCUGCUUCCCAGGACGGAUUUAAAGAAACUGGCUUCUCUGGCCAAGUGUCCAGUGGUUUUGACUUGACUCCUCCAGCUGAAAAGUGCCCUUUACAGUCUUUAACUCAGCUGAAGUCUUACUUUUCAGAUGCGAGCGGGUACAUUUUGGGAGUGUCUACUGUGUUAGGUCUAUUGGCAGAGCGUCCUCAGUCUCCUUGUAUUUCAGAUGGGAUAUGCGAUGCAGGCUUUUCUUUAGUGAUGACUCCAGAUCCUGAAUUUCGCGACUCAGAGGCAGAAGGAAGAAAAGAUACAGAAACUGGAAAUAACUCCGAAGAUGUGUUUCAAGCAAGACAGGGAGCUCUGGUCCCACUGAGCCUAGCGCCAAAUCUGAGAGUGCAGCCCAAGAGAAAGGCAAGCACUUUGCCCAUGGUACAGAGUAAAAGGGUGAGCUUGUACCGACCCUUCCCCAAAAGGACUCCUGCUGGAGAAAACAAGGGUCCCGCCUCUACCACAACUCUCAAGCUAGUCAAAGGACAGUUUCCUCAGAGGAGAAAAAGAGGUGCUGAGGUGCUGACUGCACAGUUUGUACAGAUAACCAAACUGGAUAGGAAACCCCAAGAAGCUCCUAGUUCUAAAGAUGUUCCAGUGGCAACGAAUGCUAAAAGGGCAAGGAGACGAGCGGCCUCUCCAGACACACCUGUUCCAACGGCUAAGCCACCCAUGAAAAAAUCUCCACAAAAACAGAGGGUAAAUAUAGUAAAAGGCAAUCAGAAUCCAAGACUCAGAGAACAGCCACAACCUGUUUUCAAGUGCACCUCACUGCAGCGAAACCCGUGCCCCCCACGUUGGAGGCACGGAGUCUUAACCACUGGACCUAUAGGGAAGUCCCUUUCCUCAGUUUGUUCAAAGUUGUUUAUGACUGAAGAUGUUCUGAAAUCUCAUCACUGUACAGCCUAUAGAGAGUCUGCUUGUCGCCCCAGGCAGUCACAAGCCAAAGGAGAAACUGCUUUACAGCUUCAAUCAGAAAUUUCCAGUGGUCAAGAUGUUAUUAGUAUAAAUACAGCCCAACCAGAACAUGUCACGGUGGCCCCAAAAGCCCCGACUGAAACUUCCGUUGUCGGCUAUGACUCCCAGGCCCUUAACAUGCUGGCCGACCUGGCUCUGAGUGCUGCUACCUCCAGCACGCCAUCCCCUGAGCCCAGAAACCUCCCCUGCUCCCUGGAGCCGCUGCAAAACAGUGUUCCACUUUCUAAAGAACAGCCUUUGUGUGGGACAUCAGACCACGAAUACCACAGAGGAGUUAAAAGUCAAAGAGGUGGGCCGUUACCCAAGCCGUCCUCUGACCAGAGUAGUCCGUCAUCAGACCCCACAGUCAGCCCAGAGGAAGAGAGCAUGGGUCCUGGCAGUUGGGCCCCUGCAGAAGCCCAGCCAGCACUUCCCAAGGAGACCCACGAGAGUUCCGAUGCAAGCCAGAGCUCUUUUGUGGCUGCGGAGCAUUCCUACGCCCUGCUCCUCGCGGAACAUUCAAAGAGGGGGAGCCCAGGCCUGGCCUUUGCCAAGAGCAGCACCAAAGGCUCUGACAUCGGGACCCCUGUGGGGAAGGUGAUACCCUUCCUGCGCCAGAACUUGACGUCCCCGCUACAGAAGCUGUCCAUGGCCGUGGCCUUCAGGCACAGGGCCAGGUUUCUGCCCACUGGCCCGCAUGACUUCCGCUGCUCCUCACACACCGUGUUCUGCUGUGACGGCUCCUUUAAGGUCACGUUCACAUGCGAAGCAGAUUACUCUUUCAGCUUAGACAGCAAGUACACCAACAACCCGCUGGAGAAGACUGUGGUCAGAGCACUGCAUGGGCCCUGGAAUACUGAUUUACCGGAUAACGUGGAAGAGGUGAAGCUUCUGCUGCAUAUGUGGGUGGCUCUGUUUUAUAGCAGACAGAACAAAGUUGUGCGGUCGUCCCGGAAAGUCGUAGAACACAGCAACCCAGCAAAAUACGUGUCCAUAAAUAGCACACUAGAGUCAUUUGAGUUCGGUGAAAUCGAGGAGCCCUCUGGAGUAGAGAGGUACUCCGUAGACCCUCUGCUGGAGGCCAGUGAGGCUCCCAGAGCCCAUGCAGCUGAGGUGUCCUGCCCUGGCGCCGACCCCCUGCGUCCUUUCACAAAGUCUCCUCCUGUGAGAGGCCUGGAGCUCUGGGUGCAGAAUGAACAGAAAGAAAUGUUUGCAACAGUGGGUCACCAGGAAAGCCCAGAAAGCCAGAAUUUCACCUGUUCUUAUAAUAAUGAGAUAAUUAGGGGGAAAGCUGAACAAGAGUCAUCAGGUAAACUGGAGACUUCCGAUCUUGUGCUUCCUAGCAUUGGAAGCACUCAAGCUAAUGGACCUUCUAUUCCUGGUGAAGAUGAAACCUUUGAGCCUCUUGAUAACACACAAGUGACCUCUUAUAAUGAUACUGCCCCACAAACCACAUUUGCCAAGACUUAUGAUGAGAUCAACAGUCCAUCAAUGAUUUGCCAGAAGCCUGUGUACAGCACCCUUGAGAGCAAAGUUGAUAUUUUUCAUGCACAAAAGGAAACAGAAGCAGAUGCUCUGCAGGGCCUUACCCAGUGUAGCAGCCCCAUAAACAAAGAAUGUCAGCCAUUGUUGGAGGGGAAGGGUGAUACGGGGUACGUGAUGAUUAAUCUGGAACCAGUUACACUCACUUUGGAAAAAAGUGCCUACAUGCCAGUACAGACAGAAGCUGUCAACAGAGCUGACAAACCUACAGCCUUUAACAUGGAGUUGACUAAACAGGUGUCACCUGCUGCAAGCCUUAGACAUCCUGUAUCCACAUUUGAAAAGUCACAGAUGCAGGGCCUUGGGGAAGACCCCUCGCUGGCAGUGUCAGGACAAAAGGGCACUCAGUACCUCCAUGCCUCCUCAGUGCAUAGAGAGACACUUGCUGAAGAAACAUAUUCCUUACAGAAGGGACAGGCUGUGACAGGCUCACCUUCACCAUCUGAUAAUCCCAUGGUAAUAGAAGCAUUACCAUUGGCUAAAAGUUCAAAUUACUUGUUACCCAGAGAAGAAAUGAAACUCUCUCAAGAAUUCCUUCUCCCAACACAGAAUCUCUUGAGCAUCUCUUCGGAAGAAAUAAUAGAGCCGUCCCAGGUUGAAGUAGUCCCAUCGUCAGCCUCUGCCCCCUUGGGAAAAAUGGAUUCCCUUAACUGCAUCGCAUCAGUAAGGAAUACUCUGUGUGGCUCUUCAGAACUAAAGAAGGACAAGAGUGGUCUGAACAGUGAAAAUAUUAGUUUUCAACCAUUUAAUUCCACAUUUACCAAAGAAGCAGGCCUGUCUGUGAAUAGAGAGGAGGUCAGCCUCAAGGUAUCAGAGGAGGAUUCCAACCUUGACCUCACUCUCACCCUAUCACCACCCAUGAGUCUUAGGGAAGAAGCGCCCACUGGUGAAGUGGAGCAACCGCAGGAGGCCCCGCUUCCCUGCGUAGACCUUCAGGAGAUGGCAGAGGAAAUACUCAUGUCCAAAGAGGUUCCUUUCAUAGAAAACAGAGACAUGAACUCUGCUGCUAACACGUCUGUGAAACCAGCAGAAAACAAAGAGGGAAAAGGUGAUCAUUUACAGACAGUGGCUUUCAUACUUUCUAAAGAAACGUGUACCCUGCAGGUUGCGGAGGAAGUUCACCUUGCCUCUGACUUCCCAUUCAGUUCCUUGAUUGAAGAAGUGUCACCCGCUUCCAGCCCUGACCCCCAGGCACCAGUGGAAGAAGCACCACCAGCUCAGGCCACAUCUCCACGUGGUCUGAAACACUGUGACGCACUUGGUGAGAAAAGCACCAGGCUCUGCGAGGCCGAGUCAGGAGAUUUGGCCGAAACAGAAAAGGAAAGUUCUCUUGUUACUACCACCUAUCCAGUGGAACAGGAUAACUCAGCUCAGGUACAGCAGAUGCAGCUUUCUGCUGAAACACCUCUACAGUUACAGAACCACGCAGGAAGAAAAGGUAGAUUCUUAAUCCUUCCUGGUGACGUCUCUGAGGAAACUGGCCCAAGUAAAUGUGGGGAGGGCUUCUCUCUCUCAGGAAAGGGGCCAGAUUGCGAUGCCACGGUAACCCAGCCUGCCUGCAGUGUCAUGUACGGAGAUUCUCUUGAAAACCUGGUAUCAUCAGGAUACCCACUGCAGCCCAUGGGUGUGGAGACCUGCAGCCCCCACUCACAUCAUCGUGUCCUGGAGACCAGUGAGCCUUUCAGUCCUGCAGAGAUCCCUGAAAACAAGUCUUCUGCUGACAAGUUUGUUUGUACAGCCACACCAGGUGCUGUGGUGACCAGCACUCAGAGCCUUCCUGAAGAUGUUUUGAGCAGUGAUGUGAAAACACAUGAAUGCUGUUACAUCCUGGUUAAGUCCUUACGCUCCGACCCAGUUGCUGGAGCUGAGGGUGUGCAGACCCACGGGCACCCAGAGCUCCCCAAGCCUGCACUCCCCUCAGGCGGGGCUACCACAGCAAACAGCACAGGCCCCAGCGACACAGGGACAGGGUUCCCGACACAGGAAGUCCCGGUUGUCAGAAUGACCCACCUGCUCGACAGUGAGGAUAGUGGAGCCGAGUUACAGGGAAGAGCCGUGGAUCCAGGAGGUGCUGGCCCCCAGCUGCUCGCCACCUCUCCACAAGGCAGACAGGAGUCAGCCUGUCUGCUGCAGGAGGGGUCGCCGUGUGCAGUAUGGGAUCUGCUCCAUGGCGGACUUCUCCCCACGUACCUGCAGGCUGAUGCUCACCCAGGUACUGCAGCCCACGGCGAGAGUGCCAGUCCAGAGCCCUCUGUGUCCUUUGCUCCCCAAUCUGGUGUACCUCCUGUUGGUGGGGUCUCUGAAGAGCAGCUGCAAGGUGUGAGUGCGGGCGAAGCAGGCACAGGCGGAGGCAUGGGUGUGGGCGUGAUCUCUGACAUCUACUAUGAACCCCUUUCUGGAGACUCAGAUCAGGACUCUCUGGGUGAGUAUGGACACCCCAGAUACAGCACAGAAGAGUCCAGUGCUUCACAAUAUGGCCACACCAGGAAAAGAGAAGGUGCAUCCAAAGACAGUUACGAUGCUUUCCUGAGCCUGAACACCAGUGAUGACCGUGACUGGGGCUACGCGAGCCAGGUUCCAGGGCUGGAGACCAGCGUUCCUCCCAGAAGUUGGCUGGGUGGACUGAAGAAGGAAGCUACGUGUGUGCCCUGUUACGUCCAAAUCCGAGAUGUCUGUGGGGUCCCCAGGAGCUACGCCAACUUCACCGUGACCAGAGAGCUCAGGGACACACCAAGAACCCUGCACGGCUUGAGGCGGCGCCCCAGCAGCACGGUCCCGUGUGGCUUGCUCAGCUCCUGGGUGGACACCUGGCAGGGAACAGAUGACCUCACCCAGAACACUUUAGACCUGGAGCACCUGCGUUUUGCACACAAACUGAAACAAAUUGUGAAGAUGGGAGCCGCUCGGCAUUCUGCCCUUUUGCCCGGUGCCUUUCCAAAGGAGCCUCCACCCCAGGUCACCACCGGGGCUUUUCCUGGGACCCCAAUGCCCACAUGCCCAGGGCUGCCUCCCACCUCCCGAAGCAGGAGUCCUCUUGUGGUGACAGUCGUGCAUCAGAUGCCCAACCAUGUGGACCGCUCCUCCUCCUGGAAGAAGGAGUGUGGCUAUGGUAGAAAUCACCUCACAAACUCAGACCAGAAUCAGACCGCCUCCUUCCACCUCCACAAGCUGAAAUACAACAGUACAUUGAAAGACUCGCGCAACGACAUUGCUGUCAUUCUCAGUGAGUAUGCCGAGUUCAACAAGGUGAUGCUGAGCAGCCGCCAGUUGGUCCAGGACACAGAGCCGCCUGUGGCUUUGGGAGCGGCCAUGCCCAGUGAACUGUGUGUCUGCAGCCCACAGCCCGCCUCCUACGAGGACCUGGUGGCCGACCUGUGCUCCAGCCUGCGCGUCAAGCUGGAGCGAGUGGUGAGGGAGGCGUGUUCCAGCACCUUCCUCUUCCACCUCGUAGAGACUGAAGACAAGUCAUUCUUUGUAAGAACAAAGAAUAUCCUGAGGAAAGGAGGCCACACAGAAAUCGAACCUCAGCAUUUCUGUCAAGUAUUUCACAGAGAGAAAGGUGCACUCUUAGUCAUCAUCAGAAAUGAAGAUAUAGCAUCCCACCUGCAUCAGAUCCCUUCUCUGCUGAAGCUGAAGCACUUUCCCAGGGUCGUCUUUGCUGGAGUUGACAGCCCUGAAGACGUCCUCAAUGACACCUACCAAGAGCUUUUUCGGACAGGAGGCUUUGUGGUAUCAGAUGACAAACUACUAGAGACUUUAACAUUAGUUCAACUGAAGGAAAUUGUCAAAAUCCUAGAGAAACUAAAUGGAAAUGGAAGAUGGAAGUGGUUGCUUCACUACAGGGAAAAUAAAAAGCUAAAGGAAGAUGUGAGAGUGGAUUCAAUUGCACAUAAAAAGAACUUAAUAUUGAAAUCGUAUCAGAGUGCAAACAUCAUUGAGCUGCUUCACUAUCACCAGUGUGACUCUCGACCAUCAACCAAAACUGAGCAUCUGAAAUGUCUGGUGAACCUGCAGGUUCAGCACAUCCACGCCAGGUUUGCCGUCUUCCUGACAGAAAAGCCUGUGGUCUCCAGAGAAGUCUUUGAAAAUAGUGGCAUCCUUGUGACAGAUGUAAAUGACUUUAUUGAAAAUAUACAGAAAGUAGCAGCUCCAUUUCGGAGUAGCUACUGGUAAGAACACUUCCCAAACACUCCCAUGUGACCUGGAAUUGACAGGGGUAGAUACCGACAUCUGUGUCUAUGAGAAACCAGUUGCUCAGAAAUUGUUUUGUAUGUUACACAUCAUGCUAUAAAUUUAAAGUGUUUAUUUAGGGGUGGAAUUGCUGCUGGUUUGGCAUAAAGGGGACUUUCUCAAGUAUCAUUAAUGAAUAACUACUUUCUGAAUGAUAAAUGUUUUCACUUGCAGAGAGAAGACAAUGUCACCUAGACUCCUGGGUAUUUUCCCCAGUAGAUAUCAUCCUACUUACACAACAGUUCUUGGUUAUUUUGUUUUAAAGACAGAAUUAUCAAUUUUGUACUUAUCCAGGUGGCUCAACUGCAGCUUACCUAGACAUCGACGAUGCCAACAAUAAAUUAGUAUUUUCCCUUUUCUUUGAAAAUCUUUGAGAUCUCAAAUCAGUGUUUUGCAACCUGGGGAAAUGUUUUCCUUCAUGUUUUACACAUUGCUAGAAUGACUUUGUUCACAGCAGCACUGUACUUAUUCAUUAGCUUUGGACUGCAGUGUGCAAUAUUUUCAUUUUGAACAGAAUGUUUUCAGAGCUAUUAAUUGAACUUAAUAUUAAAAAUAAGAAUUUUACAAGUAUACUUAACCAGUAGCUCUGUUUUUGCAUGUUAGGGUCAAAAAUGCAUCUGUAAUGCCUGAGACAGUCUGUUUUAAAGGUUUUACCACAUAGAAUCUUAAGUGGUUAUACUUCCUGUUAUUCAUGCUACACUACAUGAAAUUAGUUUUUUCCUAAAUGGUACAAAUUUAUGAACCGUCAUUUUUCACUUACUCAGUUUAUGUAAAUACUGCACUACAAAAUCAGUCCUGAGGAAGAAAUAAUCAUUUAUUUAUGUUAAAAAUAAUUUCUACAAUAAUCUUUAA